AUUCAUUUUUUUCAUUUACUGCUUGAAUUUCUUUGAAAUUUAUUAUAUAUUUUCUUUAAAUAAAAAUUAACAAUAAAGAUGUCGCGAAAUAUCUAUCAAAGUCUAAAUACCUUCCUGCAUCGCCUUGAAAGGUUUAUAUUUUUCGGACACCGCGGCCAACCGCCAAUGGAAUUAGCUUUGGCUGGCAUGCCCAGUUUUGGACUGAAUACACCAGUGAAUACUUCAAACAGCAAUAAACCAGAUAGAUUUAGCCUUAAGAAUCUGUUAGGUGAUGGCAUAUUGUGGGCUGUGCCAAAACAUCGUCGUACCAUUGAAAAGCGUUUAAAUCGGAAAUUCGGUUUACCCGGCUAUAAUUGGAAGCCAUUGGUUGCUAAAACUAACUUGCGCUCAUGCAAUCAAUGCGGCCAUGAUCACGAAUUGGGAGUAUUAUGUCCACAUUGCUACAAGAAAGUUGAGCAGGAAACUCGUUUAAUGCAAGAAAAAAUUGAAGAAAAGUUGGGACUAGAGCCCAUUGAACACGAAGUUGUGGUGCUGUACCAAGGCGAACAAAUCGAAAAAGUUGAUAAUGGACCCAACGAACGGAAAGUGCGCGUUGUGGAAAUGGAGAAGCCACGUCCAGUUUGGUUCAGCAAAAAUCUAAUGCAAAAAACUACAGCGCAGCCAGCAGAUACUAAGGAAGUUAAACCUUCAAACUUGGGUUGAAUUUCGCAACAUCUUUAUACAAAAAAAUAAAACCUAUUAUCGUCGAAAUUGUUAAAAGUAA